AGAAAAAUUUCAAGUAGUCUCGACGGAUAGAUGGACAAAAUUCGGCGACGGUCAGGUUAUGCCCAGGACAACAAUAAAAACCAUGUGUGUCUCUUUAAAUCCAUGAAAACCGAAAAGAAGCCCAACGAGCCCAGCUGUUGUCCUCCUACUACGGUUGUCAAGGAUGAGCCUGACGCCGACCCUGUCAAGAUCAAGGAAGAAGGCACGGGUGGGAAUAACGACGAUGCGACUGGGGAGGACACCUCCGAGUGUCCCAGAGAUUCCUGCCUGGAUCCGUCUAACGGCGACGGUACGAUGUCCGGGGAGAAUCAGAACGCUAACGGGAAUCAGCCCAUCUUGAAUUCGGUGAAGCAAGAGGGAGACCCCAACAAUCCCACUGACGAUCUACCUGAUUAUAGUGGAAAUGUUAUUACAGCGGACAGCAUUCAACCACUCGUUAGUAAUGUUGUGGGAAAACAGAUGGGAACUAGUACGAGCAGCGGGGAGGCUCAAUACAUGCAACAGCAGAGUCAAAUUUUUGUAUUUUCUACGGCGUUGGCGAAUAAGGCCGCAGAGGCGGUGUUGAGAAGCGAAUAUUCCUCGAUCAUCGCUUAUCAUUGUGCACAACCAGGCACUAAAAAAUAUUUGGAGAAACAUCCAAAUAAAGUAAAUCAAUUUCGACAAAAUCCUGCUCAAUGGUUAAAUAAUCUUGCUAUGAUGAAACAGAAAGGCCAUCAGGGAAAUGCGAAUAAUACUUUCCCGACUGAACAACCCCCGGAUUUACCAGCACUAGAUCCAAGUGCUCCACAAUUUUGGAACGAACAACCUAACUUGCGAAACAUAAACGGCGGAAACUCCCUCGGUAAUUCUGAGCCAUCAUUGGAUGAUGGAAACAUAGACGUGCCUUGCCUUGUGCCGAAUUCACCUGGUAAUUCAGCCAACCCUCAACCCGCUAAUAACGCUACCAUGGGCCACAGUCCAAAUUUGAUAGGUGGCACAACGAGCCCAGGUCCCGGAGGUUUACAACCAUCUCUCCAAGGUGUCAAAGUUCCAGACGAAAACUUGACGCCGAAACAAAGGCAGCACAGAGAGGUCCAACUGGCGACCUUACGGAAAAUGCAAAUGAUAUUAUUUCCCGGCCACAAGGAGGAACCUGGCAAUGCUUUAACAGAUACGACGCAAGGCACGACGUCAUGUCCUCCUACGAAUGUUCCUCCCGUUGGUGUUCCAAAUCAAUGUUCUCCGUCUAUGGACUGGCACAAAUUGCAGCAUCAAUUUCUCGAUGGAAAAAAUAAGGCAACUGUCGGUAAUCCGGGUGCGGUACCAUUGCGCGGUGCUAAUAUGGUCGGAGUGCCGCGAAGUCAAGGCCCGCCGCCACCGUAUCAUCAAACGACUCGAUCCGCCAGCGUGCCGAUCGCGAUUCAGAGUCCAAAUCCGUCGUCGCCCAACAAUCCGACCAGCAAUCUAUCGCUCCCAUCGCCGCGCGCAAGUUCUGCUCUGAAUUCACCGGCGGACUGCAACAGGCAGUUCCAGCUCGGUAAUCAGAGGACCAGCCAUCUGCCGGGGCAAAGCCCGACAAGCCAGGACUCACCGAACCCGACGGUUGCCACGGCGGCCACGGCAGCCGUUUCAACGACGCGAUUGAACCACAGCAAUCCAGGAACACCAGUCUCUCAUUCCCAUAUUGCUGCUCUCAGUCCUAGUGGUACUACUGCUCAAAAGGAUGCUUCCCUCGAUUUUCCUACCAAUCAACAACCAAACGUGGACGGUAUGUUUUGCCGAACGCUACAAUCCUUAGCUCAACAAAAGCAACAUGCUGGAAACGUUAAUCCAUCGGCCGUGAAAGAGGCAAAUUUAAUGCCAGUACCGAGUCCUCAUCAACUCCAAUAUCUUAGCACAUUCGAAGGGCAGGAACUGACCAUUCAAAAACAACCUAAUACGAGUCUAAAGGAUGGCAAUUCAUCUACAAAUACCGGCAAUUCCUCGGAGAUGCCCAACAGAAUCUUGCCAGGAAGUCUAGAUAGCAACAGUCAAUUCCCUACUAGAUCAGAGGGCGCGAGUCCUGUACAGAUGGACAGCAUGAACCGAGGCUUCGCCGGUUCCCUGCACAGUCCUCACACGCCGCACACACCGCACACGCCGGGUAGCGCCGCGCCGCACACUCCAGCGGAUCCCGCGAAACCGGGCAACAAGUCCAGCGCAAGUGCGCAAAGUAGUCCAACGCCGCACAACACCAGCAUACCCGACAGCAUGGGGCCACCGCGAACGGUACCGGCAUCGCCUACCAUGAAACCCGACACAUCACCACCGUCCGCAAAAGAUGUUCAGCAGCAGCAACAGCAAACGCAGUCGCAGCAGCAACCGCAGCAACAGCAGCAGCAGCAGCCUCCGCAACAGCAGCCUACGGUGGUGAAUCCGAACAAUUCAGGCGGCACGACGGUGGUGCCGUCAAUGAGCGGUGGUCCCCCCGGUGCCGCUUCCUUCCCCUGUGGCAGACCGUCCAUAAACGUGAGUCAACCAUCUGACAACGUGCCUCUUAACCCCAACAACAUUGGCGGUCGACUAGGCGGCUUGAACACCAUGGGUACGAAUUUCGAUCCGAUAACGUCCCUGGCGCAGAUGAGCCAGCAGCUCACGAACACGGCGGCGAGCAAUUCGCUGGGCAACGAGCCCAUGCAUUCCGGCAAUGCCGUUGGCAUGAUGCCGUUUGGCAAUCCGCACGCCGGCAUGCAUAUGAUGCAGAUGGGCGGCGAAAUGAAUGGGAGCUGUCAUAUGGGUGCAGCUAGCGGUGAACCCGGCAAUGAGGUCGGCGGAAUGUGCAUGGGUCUCGCGGGUCCACCGACGAGCUACAGCCCCACCACUUCGCACACAGGAAGCCCCGGCGGUGUUCCCAGCAAGAUGGGACACCCCGCCAUAAUGGGCGGUCACGGAAUGAUGGGCGGCCACUCGGGCGUCGGUCCUGGCGGCGCUGCUUACCCUGGCGGUGAUCCCGGACACGCGCCUCCGCCAAGAUUGAUAACGGGCCACGGAGUUGCUGGGCCCAGUCCCUACAACGGCGCAAACGUUCAAGUAAAACCGAACGCGCCCAACACUAUACAGUACUUGCCGGCCAGGCCAAACGUCGGCCACGCGCCCCGGGGUCCACCCAGUCUGGAUUUUCUUCCGCGAUUCACCAAUCCGCUGUCCAAUCUGGAGUCGAAGAUGGGUGGGACGCCCUCCGUAAACCUUCAGUACUUCCCGAACGGUUGUAUGCCGAACAACAUGGGGGGUCCGCAUAGCGGUAUGCCGUCCAAUAUGAAUGCCGCCGGAAUCCCCGGUAUGGGUGCCUCACCCGUCAGAAUGGACGGUCAGUCCAUGAACACUUCCGGCGCCAUGCACCCGUCCAUGAGACCGGUCGGCAACAUGCGACCGCAACCGAACUUGAUGCGGAUGCAGCACAUGGUAGGCGGCGGCGUCUUCCCCGGCGGCUCUAUGGAUUCCGACAAAGUCUUCCCGCCCGACAUGGUGACGCAAAAUAUGUCGAACCAGCCGAAUCCAGGCAUGUACGGCGUAUCCGGUAAUAAGGCCAGUCCGAUGGGAUUGGGACCGCCGCCCGAUGCUACCCAACCCCUACCGCCUAGCAUGGGCGGCGCAACCAGCAAUUUCAAAACCGGCCCAUUCGUCGGCAGCGGACCAAGCAUGUCCGACCCGAAUUAUGCUCAACAGUUUCACAACUUCCAGCAACAGCUUUAUGCCACUGGCACCAGAGGUAGCGGGCCGCCGCAUCCUAAUCUGCAUCCACCGCCGAACUCGCACUCGCAUCAACAAUUUUUCAUGCCGAAGUGAACGUUGCCCGGUAUUGAUCCAUAUCGUAAUGUUGACGAUGACGAGAACGAGAAUGACGACGGGAACAAGGACGAUUUUUACGGUGGCCUUUCAUCCCUCUUUUUCUCUCUUUCUCAAUAUCUCUUUUGCUCUCUUUCUAUCUAUCCAUCUAUCUUUAUCUCUUUCGUCUAUCAGGGAUGUUUCUAUUAAUCACGCGAGAUAGUUCUGGAAGUGUAAACUGUGUUUGCGAUGUUGCAAAGGACAGACAAAGGAAUAAGGAUGAAUAUUGGUGAGCAUCGCUGAGCGUCACCUUCGAAUUCUGACGAUUGACUUGCGAUGAAAAUUCUUGAUUUGUAUGAUAUUUUCGUAUGGUUACGUGAGAUUUUUUAUUUUAUUUUAUUUUAUUUUUUUUUUUAAUUUUUGAACUACGCCGAAUGUUAUGUUUCUAAGUCUGUUAUCUUGACGUGUGUUGGAAGUGUCGUUUUGAGUCUAAAUCUUCCGGAACUAUUUGUAAAUCCUAAAUGUUAACAGAGACGCAUAAAUAUUCUCCCUCGCGUUCGUAUAAAUACUGAUAAUGUACAAUCUGGUUUUCUCCCUUUUUUUUCCGUAGGAGUCGUUACUUCAGAUCGAGGAGCACAUUGUUAGAUUAAGAAAUACGUUAUUACAGCUCGAGUGUAAAAAAAAAAAAUAGGAGGAAGAAAACAAGCGAGAUCUCUCCUCUUUUUUACGCUUUGUUCAUAAAUGGUCGGGGUAAAGUAAUCGUAUACAGAGAAGUGCAUAGUGAGCGAGAGGAUUUUGGUACAUCGGUGCCGUAAUUCAUCCUUCCUUUAUCACUAAAAUACUUAAACACAGUCAAACAAGCUCAAAUUUAUUAUUGUACAUAUAUACCAUAUACAUAUUAUACAUAUUAUAUAUAUUAUAUAUAUACCUGUUGCAACAUAAUCCUUCAAUAUCGCCCGUCCCCAAACGCUCCUUCAUCGAUCCCUAUGACCAACUCUGUGCAUAAUCAUGACUUCUCCCCCUCCCUCCCCCCACCCCCUUUCCCGUAUCCCUACCCGUAGUUUACGAUAUAAGGAAAGAAUUAAUUGAACUAAGAACAAUUAUGUUGUUGAUGAAUGAUUUUUAUUAUAAAUGAAAAAUAAAGAUAUUUACAAGAAGUCAGUACGAUAUUUGAUCGAUAAUCGUUUUGCGAUUCAAGAACGGCCGUCGGAGUUCACGAUAAGUCCGCAUCUGCAAAGACGCGGACGGCUAAUUUUUAAAAAAGCGCUACGUUUUUCAAAGAGUGAGCAGGCUGUUUCUCAACUUACUCAAAUCUGUGAUAGUCAAAGCAAGAGAACGUAUCCUUUCCUUUUGGUCUCUUCCAAAAGAUGCAAAAUACAUAUCUGCUCUGUUUCGGGGAAUGAUUCUUUAAUACUACACUUCACGAUUGUCCACUUAAUGCGAGCAUUAUGCAUAGAUGAAUGAAAGAGAGACGAGGGGGACGACAAAAAAAAAAGAGAAAAAAAAAUACAAGUUAGGUUCCUUCAGGCAACUUGAGCAAUGUGAAGCAGUGACACGGCUACAUCGACAUAGUUACGUUUGUGAUAAAAAGUAAUAGGAAUCUUAGAACACUGCGACGACGGGGCUUGCGCAGAGCGUUGACACCAUCUAUUACAUAGGAGUAAGAUCUUUUUCUACAACGUCAUAUUUAGCUUGUAAAACGAGCUGUGUAUAAUUUCUUCUAUAGAUUCAUGUUGGAAUUAUAUCAAUCUCGUAUCUCGCUAGCGAAACAUACUACUUGCGCCGAAGUAGUUUUUCAUAAACUCUGCAAUCGUUAGAACAACGAUAUUACCCGCGCAAAUAGGAGACCUACAAUUCGCUUCCUUAGGAUCAACGAAGCUAUGAGCUCAAUUAUAAAUGUAAAGCUUAUUGUUAGUCGACUUCCCUUUGUAAUAAGUCUUCACACAUUAUCGGCCACUUUAUAUCCAAAGGUGCAUUACUAAAUUACUAAAAACUU